AUGGGUAACAAGGGAGCUUCGCUGAAAGGUUUGCUGCUGGUGGUUCUUCUGGUAUCCAACACGCUUCUGACAAAGGAAGGAGUGACGUCCUUGCCAAUCUGCCCGAAUGGAUCUGUCAAUUGCCAAGUUUCCCUUGGGGAACUUUUUGACCGAGCAGUUGAACUUUCACACUACAUCCACUUCCUCUCUUCAGAAAUAUUCAAUGAAUUUGAUGAACGCUAUGCUCAGGGCCGAGGUUUUAUUACAAAAGCAGUUAAUGGCUGCCACACUUCCUCCUUAACCACUCCUGAAGAUAAGGAGCAAGCUCAGCAGAUUCAUCAUGAAGACCUACUGAAUUUAGUACUGGCAGUGCUGCGUUCCUGGAAUGAUCCCCUGAUCCAUCUGGCCUCUGAAGUACAAAGAAUCAAAGAAGCUCCAGACACCAUCCUCUGGAAGGCUGUAGAGAUUGAAGAACAAAACAAGCGGCUUCUAGAAGGAAUGGAGAAAAUAGUUGGGCGGGUUCAUUCUGGUGAGAUCAGAAAUGAAGUUUACUCUCAGUGGGACGGCCUUCCAUCCCUGCAACUCACUGAUGAGGACUCCAGACUCUUUGCCUUUUACAACCUGCUACAUUGCCUCCGCCGAGAUUCCCACAAAAUUGACAACUAUCUCAAGCUUCUGAAGUGCCGCCUAAUCCAUGAUAGCAAUUGUUAA